AUGCGUAUCAUUCAGGUAUUUGCACGUUGGGAAAAAUUUGAAAGUGAUGUUGCUCAAUCAAAAGCAAAUCCAAAUCCUAGUGCGAAAGCAGUUAGGGAUCAUUUCCCCUUUACGAGAUACUUUGCCGAUAAUCCACCACCGUUGUUUAAGGUAUUUGCACGUUGGGAAAAAUUUGAAAGUGAUGUUGCUCAAUCAAAAGCAAAUCCAAAUCCUAGUGCGAAAGCAGUUAGGGAUCAUUUCCCCUUUACGAGAUACUUUGCCGAUAAUCCACCACCGUUGUUUAAGGAUGUUUCCUUUGAUGAAAACUGGGAAAUUGCUCAAGGCUCUUGGCGGUAUAUUCGUGGUAUUUUCACUCAGCUGGAAGAAUUUAGGUCUUUCGAGUUGUUGCGUUCAGGCAGGGACCGUACGGAUUAUCUUUUGAUAAAGGAAGCCAAAAUUAUUGCUAUGACUUGCACUCAUGCCGCUCUACGACAAAAAGACUUGGUAGAACUUGGUUUCAGAUAUGACACUAUUUUGAUGGAAGAAGCCGCUCAAAUUCUUGAAGUUGAAACAUUUAUUCCACUUCUGCUUCAGAACCCCCAAGAUGGUAGGAGCAGGUUAAAGCGAUGGAUCAUGAUUGGUGACCAUCAUCAGCUGCCGCCGGUUGUUCAGAACAUUGUUUUUCAAAAAUAUUCUAACAUGGAACAGAGCCUGUUUGCGAGAUUUGUUCGACUUGGUGUUCCACAUGUCCUGCUUAAUCAACAGGGUCGUGCUAGAGCGGAGAUACCAGAUCUUUAUAAUUGGAGGUAUGAACAGUUGGGUAACUUACCACAUAUUGAAGCUCUUCCAGAGUCCCAACGCGCAAAUUCUGGAUUCGCAUUCAGUUAUCAACUUAUUGACGUCCCGGAUUUCAAUGGUAGUGGUGAAACUACUUUGAGCCCUUACUUUUAUCAGAACCUCGGUGAAGCACUGUUCACCUAUAUGCGUAUUUUGGGUUACCCUGCAGAAAAAAUAUCAAUUAUAACAACCUACAAUGGCCAAGCAUCUUUGCUACGUGAUGUUGUGCAAACACGAUAUGCUGGAAAUCCGUUAAUUGGAGUAUCACACAAGGUUUCAACAGUUGACAAAUAUCAGAGAGGACUGAAUGAUUACAUCAUUCUUUCACUUGUAAGGACGAGAAACAUCGGUCACUUAAGGGAUGUUCGUCGUUUAGUUGUGGCUCUUUCUCGAGCACGUUUAGGUCUUUAUGUAUUGGGACGAGUCAGUUUGUUCCAAAAUUGCCUUGAGUUUGCAACUGCAUUUCAGCGGUUAUGCAAAUAUCCACAAAAACUAAUGAUAAUACCUCAUGAAACAUAUGCAAUGUCUCGGAAGGUAAACUACUUUUUCCUCUUCUUUCAAAACAAUCCGCCUUUUUGUUCCAUUCUUUCGAAAUAA